AUGCACUUUUCCGUCCGCUUCGUCGCCGCGGUGCUGGCCGUUCUGCCACUGGCCGCCGCGUACCCUCCGGAGCUUACACGCAGCACGCGCGAGUUUUGCAAGACGGAGCCGAGCGCGGAGCUGCUCGCCCUCCACGAAAAGAUUGUCAAUGGGGAUAAACCCACCAUGGACAAGAUUGCCAAGGGCGAGGAAAAGAUUCAGGAGGCGCUCCGCAAAGGUGACACGGGCCUGCACGGCCGUGCCCACGGCAUCACAGUCACCAAGCGCGAGACGGGCGAGCUCAUUACGCUCGAUGCCUGGUUUCACGUCGUUUACAAUUCCAAUUCAACCGCUGGCGGUUACAUAACUGAGGCCAAGCUCCAAGAGCAACUCGCAGUCCUCAACAAGGCUUACGACCCAAGCAACCUUGCCUUCCGCCUCGUCGGCCACGACUACACCCUCAACGCCGCCUGGGCCAACGACCCAGACGGCAACGAAAAGGCCAUGAAGACUGCUCUGCACAAGGGCGACUCGCGCACCCUCAACCUCUACUUUGCGCCCGGCCUCGCCAACGGCGGCGUCUGCGUCUUCCCUAACAUGAACGCCUACGGCUUCGAGGCGCUCGCCAUGGACGGCUGCAUGGUUGGCUCGUUCUCGCUGCCGGGAAGCACGGGGCCCUUCAACGAGGGCCUGACGGCGGUGCACGAGGUCGGCCACUGGUUCGGCCUGCUGCACACGUUUCAGGGCGGCUGCGAUGAGGAGCGCGGCGAUUUUAUCGCGGAUACGCCGGCGGAGAGGAAUGCGAAUGUGGCGGUAUGUCCGGCCGGACGCGAUACGUGCCCCGAGUUGCCGGGGCUGGAUCCGAUUGAGAAUUACAUGGACUAUUCCAACGAUGCCUGCUACAACACAUUUACUCCGGGCCAGACUAAACGCAUGCGCUCCAUGCUAUCCCUGGUUCGUCUUGGUCGUAUUUAA